AUCCGCUUCAAUGCAUAUGCCUCCUCCUCCACCUCCUCCCCCAUCUCAACAACAUCAGCAGCAACAACAGAUGAUGCCUCAACCCAAUUAUCAUCAUCCACCACCUCCUCCUCAGCAGCAACAACCUUUACCUCCUCCACCUCCACCUCCUCAACAACAACAACAUCAACAGCAUCAUAGUCCUCCUACGACAGAAAAAAGAUCGCCUGUUGAAUUCAAUCAUGCCAUCAAUUAUGUGAAUAAAAUCAAGAACCGUUUCUCGAGUGAUCCCGACAUUUACAAACAAUUUUUAGAAAUACUUCAAACGUAUCAAAAGGACCAAAAGCCCAUCCAAGAGGUGUAUGCGCAUGUUCAAUUUUUAUUUAAUGGUGCACCUGAUUUAUUAGAUGAGUUCAAACAGUUUUUACCGGAUAUUACAGGACAACCCGCUAGUGUUUUAUUCGAUACCAUCUCACCCACCUAUUACAGCAGUUCGAAACGAGCGGGUGGGACACCACCACCGAACCAUGCGGGUGGUAAAAAGAAGCGCGUCACCAAUACGAAUAAGAAGGCCAAACUAUAUCAAGCUAAAGAAGAGACAACCUCUUCAUCCUCCAUGCGAGACCCUUAUAGUUAUCCCAAUUCACCAUUUGACCCUGUACGUCCCUCGGUCUCGGCGGAAGAGAUCGAGUUAUUUGAACGUAUUCGUAAACAUAUCGGUAACAAGCCCUCGUACGAAGAGUUCCUCAAGACAUUAAACUUGUACACACAACAAAUUCUGGAUUUGAACGGUCUGGUAGAGCAAGUGGCCAUCUUUAUUGGUAACAAUAAAGAGUUGUUUGAUUGGUUUAAGAGUAGUGUAGGCUAUGAACCUCAGGAACACCCUAUUGAAAAACCAACACAUCCUUUACCUAAACCUGAUCUUGCUCAUUGUAAAACAACCGAUCAAAGUCCUAGUUACCGAUGUGUCCCUAAAAACUGGCAGUCGCAACCGUGUUCGGGUAGAGAUCAGAUCGCAUGGGAAGUACUCAACGAUGAAUACGUGUCACAUCCCAUUUGGGCCAGUGAAGAUGAUGGAUUUGUCGCGUCCAAGAAGAGUCAAUAUGAAGAAGCCAUGCAUCGUUGUGAAGAGGAACGAUACGAUUAUAAUAUGAAUAUUGAAGCCAACUUGAACGUGAUUGCACUUUUGGAACCCAUUGCACGUCGUAUUGAACAAAUGACACCAGAAGAAAAGACGAAUUUCAGAUUGAGACCUGGGUUAGGAGGUCAAUCAGUUACAAUCUAUGAACGUAUUAUUAAGAAAGUCUAUGAUAAAGAAAGAGGUACAGAGAUUAUUGAAUUGUUGUAUACCAAUCCUGCUCAAGUGGUGCCUAUUGUUUUGAGACGGUUAAAACAAAAAGAUGAAGCAUGGAAACGCGCACAGCGAGAGUGGAAUAAAAUAUGGCGAGAAUUGGAUGCAAAGAACUUUUAUCGAGCAUUGGAUUACCAAGGGAUUACAUUCAAGAGCAACGAUCGUAAAGCAAUGGCACCAAAAGCACUUGUGAGUGAAAUUGAAACAUUACACCAUGAAAAGAAAUUGAAACGAGGUGAAAAAUAUGUGCAUACCAAAGAACCUUAUCAAUAUCAAUUCCAAUUCAAAGACCCACAAGUGUAUAAAGAUGUGACACGUGUGAUUUAUUCAUUUAUUGAUCGACAAUCGGGGUAUUCCAGUAGUGACCGAGAAAAGAUUCGUACGUUUAUUCAAACAUUUAUCCCACUUUGUUUCCAAGUACAGGAUGUGGUACCUGAAGGUAUGUCACAUUACACUGAUGAGGUAGAGGAAGAGGAGAUGGCAGAAGAGGAUGACGAUAAUCAUUCAACCAAUACGGAAGAAUCUGAAUCAGAUGUUGGAAGAUCCUCACCCAGAAAACGUAGUAUGUCCCCUUCACGUCGACGAUCCGGAAGAAGCUCACGUAAUCAUCAUGAGGAUGAACAUACCAUGGAUCUAUUACGAGAUGUCCUUACCAAGAAUCAAAAUGCCUUAGAUGUUCAUUCUAAUGGUGGUGCUGCUGAUCGAUCCAGAUCUCCUUCCUUGUCCACCCAAGAGGAGAAUAACGUCAAAACAGAGGAAAAAGCCCAAGAUUUAACAGCUCAAGUCAUCUCGACCUUGACAGAAGGUUUCUUAUCUUCCGCAACAGCACCUUCACUGGCCCAACAACAACAACCACAGGAAGAAGGGGAUCGAUUGUUUGCAGCUGCUGCAGCAGCAAUUGCACCUGAUGUCAAGAAAAGAGUCCUUUACAGCUUCUUUUGUAACACAACCUUUUACUGUUUCUUCCGACACUACGAGAUGCUGUAUGAGCGACUUUGCAAGAUUCGUGAGUUAAACCAACAGAUGGAAGAGCACCCAAACAUGGGUAAACGAGUGAAUAAGGUUGCACGGGAUUUAGGAUUGUACAGUAGCCGAUUUGAUGAUGUGGAUGUACAAAACGGAUAUUAUAACGCUGUAUUGGAUAUGAUUGAUCGAUUCUUUGAUGGAGAUAUUGAUCAACAAGUCUUUGAAGAACAUUCACGGUAUAUCUUUGUGACGGAUGCUUACUUGAUUUUUACGAUUGAUAAAUUAGUGCAUUGCAUGGUGAAACAAAUUCAGGCGAUUACAGUGGAUCCUAAAUCGGUGGAAUUGAUUCGAUUGUUUCGUAGUGAUAAAGGUGUGGAGUCUAUGUCACCUAGAAUUCUCUCUGUCUAUCGUUUGAGAGCUGAAGAUAUUGUUGGACCUGAUGAGAAUCUGUACAAGAUCAAUUUUGAUAAUGAGGCAAAGAAUAUGACGAUUCAGUUGAUUGGAAAAGACGAUUACAUGUUGGAACCCACAGCGGAGGAUCGAUACCAAGAUUAUGUUGCCAGUUAUAUGGAUUGGGUGAAUACAACAGAAGGAAUUGAAGCCUCACAGAUGAAGCCCACAUUUUUGACGCGCAAUUUGAGACCGCAGGACGAACAUUUAAACAAGAUCUUUGUGCGAUCUAAAUUACAAUACAAGAUUGAUCAAGAGACAUAUCAUAUGUAUUAUAUUGUAGGAUCUGAAGAUAUCUUUGUUCGACCUCAUUCGAAUAAUACAGUGAGAUCCAGUCGACCAUGGCAUCAAUGGAUUGAAUCCCCGACCACAGGUUGGUCAAAGCAUUUGGAUGAACCUACCAAACUUGCCAUGGAGCAAGAAGCAAGGAAUUUGCUCUCUUAAUCUUUUUCUUUUUUUUUUUCUUCUAUAUAUAAAAAAAAAGCUAUAUCUUAUCCCCCCCCUACCCUUUCACCUUUUCUUUUUUUUCUUCUCUCUCUUUUUAUAUACUCGUUUCUUCUUCUUUUUUUUUUAUAUAUAUAAUUGACAAUAAAUGAUUAGAUUCUCAUAAUCCAAAAAAAAAAAA